UCAGGCCUAGCUGCAGUCCCAGGAGCUUGAGGGAAAGAUGUUGUAACCCUCCACGAUGAACUUCCUCCUGACGAUGCUGGGGAGGGCCCAGGCUGGGGAGAAGUUGAAGCCAGGGGAGGGGCAGGAAUAUCUGAGGUGCAGCGCUGGUCUACACCCUGGCAGCUCUGGCCAGUCCGGAGUCUGUCCAUCCUGCACACCAGAAGCUCUGGAGAUGUCGCCUUGCCCUACAGAGGUGUGGCCUUACCUCUACGGGGGCUUGGGGCUGGGCGGGCUCCUGCUCCUGGCUGUGGUCAUUCUGUCCGCCUGUCUGUGCCGGUUCCGUCAGAGAGUAACGAGGCUGGAGAGAAACUGGGCCCAGUUCCGGGAUCAGGAGCUCCACUACGCAUCCCUGCAGAGGCUUCCGGGGCCCAGCGGCGAGGGCCCUGACCUUGGGGACAGAGAAGAAGGCACCAAAGCAGACCCCAGCUCCGACUAUGCCUGCAUUGCCAAGAACAAGCCCACCUGAGCUGCCCCGACGCCUCUCCCAUCCCACGGGUCACCGUAAAGACAAUGGUCUUACCGCCUUCUGCGGUCAAGCGUCUCAGUCCAGCUUGAACCCCCAUUCCAAAUGACCAUCAAAACGUAAGUGGCUUGGCCCAGCCCUGGUGGCACAGGCACGCCACAGCUCGUUCUGGAGGCCUCAGGGUUCAAAUCCCAGCCCAAUCUGCCUGCAGCACAGGGCAAGGGGCACACAAUGCCCACGAGCCAUUGAGCUGGAAGACCGAGGAAGGGGUUUGCUGCACAACCAGACUUUGUAGAGGGCCUCUCUCAUAUUCACGCCAACAUGAAUAAAUUUAAAAAAAAUCUUCA